AUGGUUAGCGCUUGCCACGUUGUCAUCUUCGCGUCUUUAGCACUUUUAAGGUCUACGGAAGCACAGGUCGUCGAUUUUCGUGAACAAAUGUUGAAAGAGAUAAAUAAAGUCCGAAAAGAAAAAUCACUUGAUGAUCUGUGCAUUAACGACAAGGUAAUGGAUGCAGCGCAAAUCCAGGCGAAUGACAUGGCUGAAAACAAUUUUGUCAAUAGCAAGGGAUCGGAUGGAUCGUCGCCCAAGAGCCGCGCGGAGGUACAAGGUUUCAUUGCUGACACUGUCACGGAAACCGUGGCUGUUGGUUAUCCGACGACGCAAGCUGUUGUUGCUGCAUGGGCCAAGUCUGCAACUGCUGGAAAUACCCUUUUGAGUGGUGACGUUACCGUGGUUGGUGCUGGGUACGCGUUCGACAUGACGAAGAAAUUUGUGCACUUUUGGGCCGUUGACUAUUCUGUGGGCGAAUGCGGCGACGGUGCUGCAACAAAUGGUACGACUACUUCUGAUGCUUCUACUCCAGCCUCGAGUGAAGAAGAGUCGGAGGUUGAAGAUGGCAGCGACGAACGUACUAUAACUACUGCCGGUACUCCAUCUACAAAUGGUGGAGCGGCGACCCCUACUGCCAAUCCAACCACAAGUAAUGGUGGUGCAGGAACACCGCCCGGAAGUACUCCUAAUGCUGCUCCCGCCUCGAGCGGCGAUGGAACUCCAAUCCCUGCAGAUGACGAUGAGCCUCCUCCUGCGACACCAGAAAUUCCCCCUGCACCUGCUACUGAAAACCUUCUUUCUGCUCCUCCUGCUGAGGAAAGUCUAUUAGCUACUCCUGUCAGUGCAUAG